UCAACAACACGGUGAGGACCCUGAGUAAGGACCUAGGAACCAUCGACUCCAGAGAAGUGGGGUCCCACAGUGUCCCGUCUCUGUGGUCUGCCCUCGGAGAUCCCGGACCAUACAUGGCUCAUUUUCACUUCCGCUUUGAAAGUAAGGACCUGCUUGGAAGGCAGUGUUGGAUCAGUGGCUGAGGCUGAAUUCCCAAGACUGGUCCAGAGUCAAGGUUGCUGAGGGCCUUUGUGUGAAGGGAGAGGCAUCAGAUCAGCAGAAGCAGGUGGCCCAGAUCCUACCUGGAGACAAGGUUCCUGCCUCACCUGCUCUACUGCCCAUAUUCCUGCCUGCUGUUCCUGAGAACAGUCAUCAUGCCUCGGGGUCAGAAGAGUAAACUCCGUGCCCGUGAGAAACGCCGCAAGGCCCAAGGUGAGACCCAGGGUCUCCGGGAUGCUCAGGCCACUGCAACUAAGGAGAAAAAAUCCCCCUCCUCAUCCUCUUCUCGUUUGGGGGUUAUUACCCAGAGAAAGUCUGCUGCUAGGUCACGUAGCACUCUCAAGAGGCCUCGGGGAGCCCUAUCCACCACUGUGUCUGUAGGUGUUUCUCACCCAAGAUCAUGCAAAAGAGCCAAUGGCAAAGUUGAGAAAAAGCAAAGAUCCUCCCAGGCCCCAUCCUCCACUAUGCAGUCUCGAAGAGACUCUCUAACCAAGACAACCAGUAUGUUGGUGCAGUUCCUGAUGCAAAUGUACAAAAUGAAAAGGCCUAUUAUGAAGGCAGAUAUGCUGAAGAUUGUCAAUAAAAAGUACAGGAAUCGCUUCCUUGAGAUCCUAAGAAGAGCUUCUUUCAGCAUGGAGGUGGUAUUUGGUGUUGAUUUAAAGGAAGUUGAUUCUGCCAAGCACUCUUACGCCAUUGUGAGCAAAAUGGACCUCCCCAACAAUGGGAUGGUGAGUCGUGGUCGGGGGUUUCCCAAGACCGGUCUCCUGAUGAAUCUCCUGGGUGUGAUCUUCAUGAGGGGCAACUGCGCCACUGAGGAGGAGAUCUGGGGAUUCCUGAAUAAGAUGAGGGUGUAUGCUGGGCAGAGACACUUUAUAUUUGGGGAGCCCAGGAAGCUCAUCACCCAAGAUUUGGUGAAGCUUAAAUACCUAGAAUAUCGGCAAGUGGCCAACAGUGAUCCUGCACGCUACGAAUUCCUGUGGGGUCCAAGAGCCCGUGCUGAAACAACCAAGAUGAGAGUCCUGGAGUUUUUGGCCAAGGUCAAUCACACAGACCCCAGUGCCUUCCAGCCCUGGUAUGAAGAGGCGGUGAGAGAUGAAGAAGAGAGAGCACAAGCCACAGUUACACUCAGUGAUAGCAGCAAUGCCACAGCCAUUAAAUGUUCCAAGGCCAUGUCCAGCAGCUCUUCCCACACCUAGUGAAGCUGAGGCAGAUUUUCCACUUUGUGGUUGAAGAGGGCGGUCAGUGUUCCAAGUAGUGGAAGGCUGGGUGUGACUGAAGGGAACAUAGUGUAUAAUACCUUUGUGUUCUUGUUCUAUAUGGGUAAUUUUAAGAUUUAUCUGUAUUGGAGGGGUAUUUUUCAAAUAUUCCUUCUAUUUAGCAUUAUAAUCUAAGUUUAUAAAUGAUAUUAAUUGCAC